CACCGGGGGCGGGGCGGGGGCGACCCGGGCGCAGUCCCGUCGGGGGGCGUGGGCUCGACGCCGAGGCUUCAGGGGGGCGUUCCUCAGAGCCCCGGGCGCGGGCAGCUCCCCAGGAACUUCCCCGCUAGGAGCGAGGUUGAAGACCCCCCCCUCCCCCCCGCGCAAUGUCAGCCCGGAGACCGCCGCAACGUAAAAUGGAUCCGGGCCGGCGCGGCGGCUGAGGCGGUGGGGCCACUGUCCCCGGGGCUCCGCGCUGCAUCCCGGCGCUCACAGGCGCCCUGCCCGCGGUCUCUCCCGGGCCGCGCCGCCCGCCCCCCUCGCGCAACUGUCAGGCAAAGGAAAAAAAAAAAAAAAGCCCAGCCGGCGGAUAUUGGCUCGGCGACGCGCCGAGGCUCCUCCCCGAGUCUGGAUCUUUAUAUUUUGGGAGAAUUUCUUUGAACUCAGUUACCGAGCUCCGUGAAGGAGACAAGUUCCCACAGCCGGCUCGCCCGGCCGAGGAGCGGAGCGGAGAGGCGAGGCCCCGCCGCCUUCCCCGCCGCGGCCGCGUGCCCUGCUCGCAUUCCUCCUUAUCCCUCAUGGAGGAAAACGGACUGACUUGGCUGCGGAAAACGCCAAUUAGCUGGAUGUGACCGUGAACAGAGAACGUGUGACUGACUGGAGGAGGCUGAAGAGGAUGAGGAAAAGCAUUCCUGGAAGGGAAGAAUAAACCGGCGACUCCAACCCUUUCUGCAAAUUGGUGCAAUUACUUCUGGGCUCCAUUUGCUUCCACCACCACCCCGGCCUCCCCAUUAAGACACCUUGACUCGAGGGCCAAAAGGCAGUCAGUCCCCCCCCCCACACACACACACAUUUGCGGGGACCCUUCUGAAUUGGAAGACGUUUUGGAUGUAGCCUUGGUGGACCAUUUAAACACUCCGCUUUGGAAAAGCCACCAUGAAUUCGGUAGCUGGCAAUAAGGAGAGGCUUGCAGUCUCCACCAGGGGCAAGAAAUACGGGGUGAAUGAAGUCUGCUCGCCCACCAAGCCGGCGGCGCCCUUCUCCCCCGAGAGCUGGUACCGGAAGGCGUACGAAGAGUCGCGCGCCGGCAGCCGGCCCACCCCCGAGGGCGCAGGUUCGGCUCUCGGCUCGUCGGGCACCCCGUCCCCGGGCUCGGGCACCUCGUCGCCCAGCUCCUUCACCGGCUCCCCGGGCCCCGCCUCCCCGGGCAUCGGCACCAGCUCGCCGGGCUCCCUGGGCGGCUCGCCGGGCUUCGGCACAGGCUCCCCUGGCUCGGGCAGCGGCGGCGGCUCCUCCCCCGGCUCCGACCGCGGCGUCUGGUGCGAGAACUGCAACGCCCGCCUGGUGGAGCUCAAGAGGCAGGCGCUGAAGCUGCUGCUCCCCGGGCCCUUCCCGGGCAAGGAUCCUGCUUUCUCAGCUGUGAUUCAUGACAAGCUCCAGGUCCCCAACACCAUCCGAAAGGCUUGGAAUGACAGAGACAACCGCUGUGAUAUUUGUGCCACACAUUUGAACCAGCUGAAACAGGAAGCCAUUCAGAUGGUGCUGACCUUGGAACAGGCAGCCGGCAGUGAGCACUACGAUGGCUCACUUGGCUCACCUCCACCUCUCUCCAACAACAUCCCCUCUCUGGUGGGGUCACGACAUGCAGGUGGGCUCCAGCAGCCCAGGGAUUGGGCCUUUGUGCCCUCCUCUUACGCCACCUCCACCUACACAGGCUUUGUAUCAAACAAGCAUGGCAGCAAGCCCAACAGCCUUGGGGUCAGCGUUGGGGCGGAGAAGAAGAGUGGGUCCCCAACCCACCAAGCCAAGGUCAGCCUCCAGAUGGCAACCAGUCCUAGCAAUGGGAACAUCCUCAACUCAGUGGCCAUCCAGGCUCAUCAGUAUGUGGAUGGUACCUGGUCUCUGUCGAGAACCAAUGGAGUCACCCUGUACCCCUACCAGAUCUCCCAACUGAUGACAGAGACUGGUCGGGAGGGCCUGACUGAAGCAGCAUUGAAUCGUUACAAUGCUGACAAGCCUUCAGCCUGCAGCGUCCCAGCCUCUGCUGCACAGAGCUGUGGUGUGGCCAGUGAGACUACAACAGGCACCUCAGUGGCUGCAUCCUUCUUUGCAAGAGCUGCCCAGAAGUUGAACCUGUCUUCUAAAAAGAAGAAACACAGACCUUCUGCUUCUUCAGCUGCGGAGCCACCUCUGUUUGCCACCAGCUUCAGUGGCAUUCUGCAGAUGAGCCCGCCUCCCGCCCCGCCCUGUCUGCUCAGGGCUGUCAACAAGGUGAAGGACACACCAGGCUUGGGCAAGGUGAAAGUUAUGCUUCGCAUUUGUUCUACAUUGGCUCGUGAUACCUCAGAAUCCAGCUCUUUCUUAAAAGUGGACCCACGGAAGAAACAAAUCACUCUGUAUGAUCCCCUGACAUGUGGAGGUCAAAACGCCUUUCAAAAGAGAGGCAACCAAGUGCCUCCAAAGAUGUUUGCUUUUGAUGCAGUUUUUCCACAAGAUGCAUCUCAGGCUGAAGUGUGUGCUGGAACUGUGGCAGAAGUAAUCCAGUCUGUGGUCAACGGAGCAGACGGCUGUGUGUUCUGUUUCGGCCACGCGAAGCUGGGGAAGUCCUAUACCAUGAUUGGAAAGGAUGAUUCCAUGCAGAACCUUGGCAUCAUUCCCUGCGCCAUCUCUUGGCUCUUCAAACUCAUCAACGAGCGGAAAGAAAAGACCGGAGCUCGUUUCUCAGUCCGGAUCUCUGCAGUAGAAGUGUGGGGCAAAGAGGAGAACCUCCGGGACCUCCUGUCUGAGGUGGCCACGGGCAGCCUGCAGGACGGCCAGUCCCCAGGAGUGUACCUGUGUGAGGACCCCAUCUGUGGCACACAGCUGCAGAACCAGAGCGAGCUGAGGGCGCCCACAGCAGAGAAGGCAGCCUUCUUUCUGGAUGCGGCCAUUGCUUCCCGCCGGAGCAACCAGCAGGACUGUGAUGAGGAAGACCACCGCAACUCCCACAUGCUCUUCACCCUGCACAUCUACCAGUACCGCAUGGAGAAGAGUGGCAAAGGGGGAAUGUCUGGAGGCCGCAGCCGCCUGCACCUCAUUGAUCUUGGCAGCUGUGUGAAAGCUCUUAGCAAAAACCGGGAAGGAGGCUCAGGGCUGUGCCUCUCACUGUCUGCUCUGGGCAACGUCAUCCUGGCUCUCGUCAAUGGCAGCAAACAUAUCCCGUACAAAGAAAGCAAGCUCACCAUGCUGCUCCGAGAGUCCCUGGGGAACAUGAACUGUCGCACCACCAUGAUCGCUCACAUCUCUGCAGCGGCCGGGAGCUACGCGGAAACCCUGUCCACCAUCCAGAUCGCCUCCAGAGUCUUGAGGAUGAAGAAAAAGAAAACGAAGUACACAUCAAGCUCCUCCGGGGGAGAGAGCUCCUGUGAAGAAGGCAGAAUGCGCAGGCCCACCCAGCUGAGGCCCUUCCAGGCCCGGGCCACAGUGGACCCAGACUUCCCCAUCCCCCACUUGUCCAGUGACCCCGACUACUCCUCCAGCAGCGAGCAGUCCUGCGACACCGUCAUCUACAUUGGGCCCAAUGGCACAGCCCUCUCGGACAAGGAACUCACUGACAACGAGGGCCCCCCGGACUUUGUCCCUAUAGUGCCUGCCCUGCAGAAGACCAGGGGUGACAGCCGGCCCACAGAGGCUGGCGAGGCCUCAGCCAGCAAAUCAGAAAGGGACUGCUUGAAGUGCAACACAUUUGCAGAGCUGCAGGAGAGGCUGGAUUGCAUCGACGGCAGUGAAGAGCCCAGUAAAUUUCCUUUCGAAGAGCUGCCAGUCCAGUUCGGGGCAGAACAGGGUGGCAAGUGUCCCCCGUUAAGCCAAGCCACUGGGCCUAACCCGUUCUAUGAGUCUGAUAGAGAAGAUGAUGGGACAGAGAGUGACAGAGAAGGUGCCUCCAAGAUGCAGAGGAAUCACUCACCUGUCCCGGCCCCCACCGUGCGCACCGGCAGCCCCAGCCCUGCGUCUCCACGGAGCAUCCCAGGCAGCAGCAGCCAGCAUGGCUGCCAGCUGGUGCAGAGCCCCAGCCUCCAGAGCAGCCGAGAGAGUCUCAACUCCUGUGGCUUCGUAGAGGGCAAGCCCAGGCCGAUGGGUUCCCCUCGCUUGGGCGUCGCCAGCCUGUCCAAGACCUCUGAGUAUAAGCCAAGCAGCUCCCCUUCUCAGAGGUGCAAAGUCUACACCCAGAAGGGAGUCCUGCCCUCUCCUGCCCCCCUACCCACCUUGAGCAAGGAUUCCGGUGUGGUAUCUAGCGAGUCCCUGCUACAGCCAGAGAUACGUACCCCUCCUGUUGGGAUGAGCCCCCAGGUUUUGAAGAAAUCCAUGUCUGUGGGGAGUGACGGGUUCCCUGACACCCCUAUUGAUGAUGAACCUUCGGCCACAACAUCCCCAGAUGCCAAGAAGGAGAUACUGAGCACCACAAUGGUCACGGUGCAGCAGCCCCUGGAGCUGAACGGGGAGGAUGAGCUGGUGUUCACACUGGUGGAGGAGCUGACCAUCAGCGGGGUCCUGGACAGCGGCCGCCCCACCAGCAUCAUCAGCUUCAACAGUGACUGCUCCGUGCAGGCCCUGGCGUCGGGCUCCCGGCCCGUCAGCAUCAUUGGCAGCAUCAGUGAGGACCUGGAGUGCUACUCUAAUGUGGCUCCAGUCUCCGAAGUGAGCAUUACACAGUUCUUGCCACUCCCGAAGCUGGCCCUGAAUGAGAAGGGCCGGGAGGCUGGCAGCAGGCGCUCUUCCAUCAGCUCCUGGCUGAGCGAGAUGAGCACAGGCAGUGAUGGUGAGCAGUCCUGCCACAGUUUUAUCGCCCAGACUUGCUUUGGCCACGGGGAAGCCAUGGCAGACCCACCAGCCACCGAGUUCUCCAGCGGCCUCCAGAACACAGCUGUCAUGUGCCGAGAGAAGCCCAAGGCCUGCUCAGAGAACUUGCUCAUCUUGUCUGAAGUUGGAGAGGACUCCUUUAAUAAAGCCACCCCCCUCAAAGGCUGCAAGAUCUCCACCCUGGGCAAAGCUAUGGUCACCAUCUCCAACACGGCAAACCUGAGCAACUGUGAAGGCUACAUCCCCAUGAAGACUAACAUCACAGUCUACCCCUGCAUCGCUGUAAGCCCCCGGAACAUUCCAGAAGCUGAGGUGGCCCUGGCCACAGUGAGUUCAGCCCCCAAAACAGCCCAGGUCCAGGAGAGCAAGGAAAGCGGCUCAAAGAAAGAGAUGAAAUUUGAGGACCCCUGGUUAAAAAGGGAAGAGGAGGUGAAAAAAGAGAACUCCUGUUCUGGUGAGGAAGGACCAAGGUGUGAGGCUGUGCCUGGCCCCAGCAGGUCUGAGGCCAGGGCAGAGCGGGGGGCACAGGACAGGAAGGCCACCUCUGCAGAAAGGCCCAGCAGCAGCGAGGUGUCUGCCUCCUCAGGGACAGACAACUUCAGGAGGGUGGUGGAUGGUUGUGAGAUGGCCUUGUCAGGCUUGACUGCCCAGAGCCCGGUGCACCCCAACAAAAACCUCAAGUCCAGCAGCCUGCCCAGGGCAUUUCAGAAAGCCAGCCGCCAGGAGGAGCUGGACAGCCUCUUCUACCACUGUGCUGGGGACACCAACGGCCUGGGCUCCCAGCCCUCCAAGGCGGCCCUGGAGAGGAAGGUGGCAUCACCCAAGCAUGGUGUCCUGUCUCGACCCAAAGGGACGCCCCCACUGCCUCCUGUGCGCAAGUCCAGCUUGGACCAGAAGAACAGGGCCAGUCCCCAGCACAGCACCUGCAGCAGCAGCGGUGGCAGCCCCCUGAACCAGCCUGAGGCCUUCCUGGCCAGCUUCCCCGACGAAGCCAGUAACAAGAUGAAGGACCCUGGCAGCAGCAGCAGCAAGCUCUUCAGCGCCAAGCUGGAGCAGCUGGCGAGCCGGACCAACUCUCUGGGCAGAACCACCGUCAGCCACUACGAGUGCCUGUCGCUGGAGAGGGCCGAGAGCCUGUCCUCCAUGAGCGCCCGCAUGCAUGUGGGCAAGGACAGCACCAUGCCGCGCACAGGCAGGAGCCUGGGCCGCAGUGCGGGGGCCUCGCCCACGAGCCCUGCGCCCCCGCAGUCGGCUGGGGCCUCCACCAAGGCCGCAGGCCAGUCCAAGAUCUCAGCCGUGAGCAAGCUGCUGCUGGCCAGCCCCAAGGCGCGCAGCCUGUCCACCUCCACCACCAAGACCCUCAGCUUCUCCACCAAGUCUCUGCCGCAGUCGGUGGGCCAGAGUGCCCACCUGCCCCCCAGCGGGAAGCACAUGUCCUGGUCCACCCAGUCGCUCAGCCGCAGCCGGGGUUCGGGCCUGGCGUCCAAGCUGCCCCUGCGCGCCGUCAACGGGCGCAUAUCCGAGCUGCUGCAGGGCAGCGCAGGCCCGCGGGGCUUGCAGCUGCGGGGCCCCGAGGCGGAGGAGCGCGGGGGCCCCACAGAGGACAAGCCCGCGGCCUCGGCGCACCUGCUGCCCUCGCCCUACAGCAAGAUCACGCCGCCCCGGAAGCCUCACCGCUGCAGCAGCGGCCACGGCAGCGACAACAGCAGCGUGCUGAGCGGGGAGCUGCCGCCCGCCAUGGGCAAGACGGCGCUGUUCUACCACAGCGGCGGCAGCAGCGGCUAUGAGAGCAUGAUGCGGGACAGUGAGGCCACCGGCAGCGCAUCCUCCGCCCAGGACUCCAUGAGCGAGAACAGCAGCUCGGUCAGCGGCAGGUGCCGCAGCCUCAAAACCCCAAAGAAACGCUCCAAUUCAGGUUCUCAGCGGCGGAGGCUCAUCCCAGCACUGUCCCUCGACACCCCCUCUCCCGUAAGGAAGCCUGCCAGCAGCUCCGGGGUCCGCUGGGUGGACGGACCCUUGCGUAACACCCAGAGGGGCCUCGGGGAGCCUUUCGAAAUUAAAGUCUACGAGAUCGAUGAUGUGGAGCGGCUGCAGCGGCGACGUGGCGGCAACAGCAAGGAGGUCAUGUGCUUUAAUGCAAAACUGAAGAUCCUGGAGCAUCGCCAGCAGAGAAUCGCCGAGGUCCGAGCCAAGUAUGAGUGGCUGAUGAAGGAGCUGGAGGCCACCAAACAGUAUCUGAUGCUGGAUCCCAACAAGUGGCUCAGCGAAUUUGACUUGGAGCAGGUUUUGGAGCUGGAUUCGCUGGAGUACCUGGAAGCGCUCGAGUGCGUGACUGAGCGCCUGGAGAACCGUGUCAACUUCUGCAAGGCACACCUCAUGAUGAUCACCUGCUUUGACAUCACCUCCAGGCGCCGGUGAACAGAGCCCUCCACUCUACCAGGCCCCUCUCUCCUGGGUCUCCACAGCCGGGCCCAUUCACCAUGCCCCCAACCCUUGGGGGCUGAUGGCAUUCAGAGACAACGGAAGGAGGAUGAAGGUCGGUGGCAAGUCUGGAGUGAGCAUUGAGCGGAAGGCCAUUGUUUCUUUUGUUUUCUGUAGGAAAGGUGCAGCACCCAAGACACAUGGGAGGAGAGGAUAGGAAGCCCAAGGGAUGUGGAAGCCCCAUGAGACUGAACAAGCACUUUGAGGAACUUUUGAGAACUUGUUUGUACAUAAGAACUGCUGGCAAAAGAGACCUCUCUCUCGGUUUUGUGAGAAAAGGAGAAGGUGGCAUAGGAUGGCUGUUGAAAGCGGAAACUAAACAACCACACACACAAAAAAAAAACAACAAACCAGAAUGACUAAUUAAGUGCCUUGCAAAUCUUUAUUAUUAUCCAAACAUUUAUGACCAUACUUUCUUGUGUACAUAUGGUGCUAGUCAAGAUGGAAACAACAACAAAGUAAACAAACAAGACGUCUAGACACAUUGUUUAAUGUACUUACUGCUUGUUUUCUCUUGGUGUUUUAUUCAAUUUCUGACUUGCUGUUUCUAAGUAUGUUGUGUUUGUAGAGUGAUUUCCUAAUCAGUAUCACAUAUGAAUAAAUGGUAACUGUCUUU